AUGACGAAGGCUCUGGGGACUUUCAGAGCAUUCUACCUUGUAGCCCUCUGCUGUGUUGGCUCUUUUCUUUUUGCCUAUGACACCGGUAUUGUUGGUGGAAUUUUGACCUUCCCGAGCUUCCAGCGGGAUUUCCGGUAUACCACCAAGGACAAAGCCAAUGUCGGUUCACUGUCCACGAGUCUCUUGCAAGCUGGUGCUUUCUUCUCCUGCUUCUUCAUCUGGCCCUUCACCGCUCGGUUUGGCCGUCGCUGGUCUCUGGUUCUAGCCUCAGCAAUUUUCAAUGUCGGCGCCGUGGUUCAAACUAUUAACACCCAUCAUCUCUCCGGAUUCUACAUUGCUCGAUUUGUCUCAGGCGUCGGCGUUGGUAUGGCCACUGUGAUAGUACCCAUGUACUCAGCUGAGAUGGCACCGAAAAACAUCCGUGGCAUGCUUGGUAGCAUGUUCCAGUUCUUCUUUACCUUGGGCGUCAUGACCUCAUACUGGGUUGAUUACGCAGCGAGCAUCCACAUUCCUGACGACAGCAGCGCCCAAUGGCAACUACCAGUUGGUUUACAGCUUGUCCCCGGCACUAUUCUUGGCCUAGGAAUGCUUUUUACAAAGGAGAGUGCUCGUUGGCUCGCCAAGACAAAUCGCCGUGAGGAGGCUUUGCAAUCUUUGAUCUGGGUUCGUGGAGGAGAUUCUCCCGAAGUUCAAGAAGAGUUCGGCGAGAUUGUUCGCAGCAUCGACGAAGAGAACCGUAUCAAGGCUGGCUUGACUUGGAAAGAGCUUAUUGAGCCCGUCAACCGCUACCGGCUCGGCCUCAUCAUUGCUCUGCAAAUCGAUGCUCCUCAGAUCUUCGGUCUAGUUGGUGCUGGCCAGGACAAGCUUCUGCUUACUGGCUUCUUCGGUCUUGUCAAAGUCGUGGCGUGUCUUUUCUUCCUGCUAUUCCUCGUUGAACGAAUCGGUCGUCGUGGGUCUCUACUCGCAGGUGCAGGGCUCAUGGGCACUUACAUGCUCAUUGUGGCAAUCUUGACAGUCAAGUUCCCUCCGAAUCCCAAUGCUGGACUGACACCUCCUUCUAUCGCCUCUCUGACCAUGAUCUAUCUGGAAGCCAUGAGCUAUAACAUCUCUUGGGGGCCUGUACCGUGGGUCUACACUGGUGAGAUUUUUAGCAGCCGUACUCGCGAGGCUGGCAUUGCCAUUAGCACCUCAACGCAAUGGCUGUUCAACUUCGUCUUUUCUCAAGCCACUCCCCACGCUGUGACGAACCUUGGCUGGAGGACCUUUCUAAUGUUCUCGAUUUUCAAUUUCGCACUUGUUAUCUUUGUCUGGUUCUUUAUCAUGGAGACCAAAGGCAAGUCUCUAGAGGAAAUGGAAGACCUCUUUGCCCGUCGAGCCGGCGUCACUAUCGCGAGGCCUAUAGAAGACGGGGUAGCAAGCGAGAAGGAGAUGGAGAGACAGAUUGAAAUGCAGACUGCCAAGUCGAACUAG